AUGAAAACCACAAGACAGACACUGGAGUUAAGCGACACCAAAUUUGGAACAAAAAGCAAUGCUACUGCCAGGUGUUUAAAUCGUAUCAUUAGCAAAACUUCACACUUCAAAAUCAUUAAUGUCAAUGACUAUCCAACCGACAAUGUGAAUGCGAAGAAACUUGUAGAAUCUGAAAAGUUUUUAAAAACAACUGUUCAUGAAAUGGUUUGA